AUGCGUUUCGCCGUCGCCGCCUCUUGGUUUCUUGCCACCCUCGCUGUUGCCAGCCCAGUUCCAGUCGAUACUAUCAAGCCCGCCACCGAUGCUCUGGGGGCCCCUGGAGCUCCCGACACUGGUUCGGCUGACGUCCUGAGAACCCCCGGGACUCCUGGCACCGACUCGGUCAACACUUUGAAGACCCCUGGGGUUCCUGACACGAAUUCGGCCAAUGCCUUGGGAACUCCCGGUGUUCCUGGCACUGGUUCGGCCGACGCCCUGAAGACCCCUGGGGUUCCUGAUACCGACUCGGCCAGCGCCCUGGGAAAGCCAGAGCUUCCCGACACCGAGUCAGCAACUUCAGCUGCAGACUCGGCGGCAGCUCUCGUUGACCGCGCCUCCGGCGAUGUCCCCUGCAACUGA